AUGAGUGGCACCACGCUGACGGAGGCGCUGAAUCGCCUGAGCAACUGCAAAGAGCCCGCCGACCUGAUCUACAGCAAGGAUGCGGCGCGCAUACUGGGCAGCGCGGCUCCGCCACAAACGGUGACGCCGACUGUAUCACCACCACACGGGCAUAGCCCUGUAGAUGAGUAUUCGGUGCUUCUCGCUCGCCGGAUAGGCACGAUGGUGGCACGGCUCAACGAGCUCUCGAGUCCCACCUCGCAGGUUGUCCUUACCCCGCGAAUGGCACUUUGUGAGCUGAUGGACAUUGUGCGUCAGGCCCUUUACACUUCCCUCCCAGCCGAUAUGCAGAAGGCUACUGCGCCGACGGACAAGGCGGCGGUGGUGAAGCAGUUUCACUCCUAUGCCUCUUCGCGGCAGGUGCCGAUCGGCUUUGCUGUGGAGGGGCUCUACGUGGUCUCCUACGUGAGCGUGAAGCUGCGCGUCGAACUGGUGACACUGCAGUUGCAGCGCCGCAUUCAGGAGGAACUCUCCAAGAAGGAUACGCAGACCUCAGAGGCGAGUGUCGCGGCGCUUGUGGUGACCCAGACGCUUUUGGAGGACUUUCUAGCUGUUUACAAAAAUAUCAUGCUCACCAUGCCCAUCAUCAAGGCAGCCGCCCGCGAAGGCAGCGUCAGCGAGGCCGCACAGCGACUGGCACCAGUCUAUCCGCAGUACUACUACCAACUCUGCGAUUGGGUCCUCGUCCUCGAGUCGACCAUGAACUCACCGCCGAUCUCCUACACACAGGUGAAGCGUGUGUGCAUUGAUGAGCAGAAUGGCGUCGUUGUCGUUGACCUGCACCGGCCUACGCCAGUGACGCCGUGGGGACUGCUGCUCAACGAGCAAGGUUUGCUGGUGGACAUCGACGUGAGCCUGCGUGUCUUUGAGAAAGCGAGGACGCUGCAUGACCUCCUUCAAUCCACGCCGCAAGGCGCGUCUAUCGUGCAGAUCCAGGGUCAGUCAGUGGACGGUGUAGCGCACGGCGAUUACGCGGCCUACACGAAGCGCCUGCUGCAGACCUUACAGUCAAUGACAGUGGGGAAUAGGAGCGUGCAGCUGGUCCUCAAAUCCAGCGCCUUCAAGGCGGAAGCCCGGUCUCUACCGGUAGAGGUGGCUUUUUUGGCACCCCCGCAGGGCGGGGAGGGCACCUCCGGUCAGCGCGUGACGCUUGUCCUGCGCCGGCAGAGCACCGCAGCGGAGUGGGGCUUCACGGUCGAUGAGCAGCUUUAUUGGCAUGCGCCAUUGACGAGCAUUCUAUCAAACUCGGCGGGCGCGUUUGUGCGCGAGUAUGGCAAGCAUCUACGGCUGCUCGCAGUGAAUGGCGUUGAGGCGCUACACGCGACACAGGUGCAGCUCCUCAUAGAGGCAGCCGAGACUGUCGUCCUGGAGCUGCUUGUGAUGCCCAAGGACGCACAGGACCGCUUGGCUGCCGCUCGUAGCACCACAACGCCGACGCCUGUCGCGAUGGCAACGCCUAGGAGUAAGGCGCCGUCAGUGGCGGCUGCGGAGCCGCCCAAUAAGAUCAGUGGCGGUCACCUCGGUGGCGGCCGGGUGGAGGCGGCAAUGGCGAAAUUCUUGCAGCAGCGCUCCGCUGCCCCAUCUGCGGUUGCCCCGUCUAUCGCGAUGGAGACGCCUCUAGUGGGGGCCAGUAGUGUUGCGCCGGCGCCGGCAGCCGCGGCAGCCAUCGUGUCGGCGGAGGAUGCCAAGAAGGGGAAGAAGCAUGGAGUAAAACCGAAAGCCCUAAAGAAGGCGCUUGCCGAAUCCACCGUAGCUCAAGCCGCGGCGACUUCGCAUCCCGCGGCUGUGCCUUCAGAGGGCGCCAUGGCACAAUGUGGCGGUGUGAUGGAGGCCGGAAAGGCAGCGAGUAGCGAAGGCGAGGCGCCGAGCGCCGGCCCUCAACAAAUGGAAGGCGAGCCUGGGGUGCCCUGCACCUUCGACAACCAGGUGAAGCUCAUCCACCUCGGCGAGGAUGAGAUGAUUCUGGAGCGGCCUUCUGUAGACACGCCGUGGGGGCUGCCAAUUGGCCGCCUGACCGACCCAUCCGAGGCACCGCAGCAACUGCCUCUGCGCUUGAUGAGUCUUCCAAGCAGUCGAAAGGCAAGAGUGCGUCAACAUCCCCUCUUCCGCAGCUUCAAGCAACAGCCCUCCACGUGGUACAUUGCCCAGGUAAACGACAGACCCGCGUCGGAUGCAGAGGCGACGUUGAAGCAUAUUAGCCAGCUCACUCGCAUGACGCUGCGUUUUCUUCGUAAGUAA